UGUUUAUUGACCAGGAUAUGUGGGGCUCUCUUAUUUUUGAAACGUUUAGCAAAUUUGGUUAUCUUCUUUUAGUUGGUUUUGAUAUCAGAAUUGGCAAAUAUGCAAUUUUUCUUUCUUUCAUAAUUCCUUUUAACUCUUCUUUUUCUUUUGGAAAUGUCGCCUAUAUCGAAUUAUGAUUGUUCUGCUUUUUUUUAAUUAUAUUAAUUUGGACAUUUAUUCUAAAAAUAUUUAAUUUCUAAUAUUUUGGAAAGUAAAUCUGGUAAUUUGUUAUGAUUUAUUAGCUUUUGAAUGGAUUGCUUCAGGGACAAAUCUGUUUCGGGCCAUUCGGUAACUCUCCGAGAAACAAUUGCUGUUACUCCAGCAGAAAUUGAUGGCGCCACAGCUUAUGAAGUAUCAGGGACUACUGUGGAUUGCGUCUCCUUAGCCUUGUCUGGGGCCCUAUUCUCAUGGUCAAAGCCUCUGCUGGUAAUUAGUGGAAUUAAUCGGGGAUCAAGCUGUGGUCAUCACAUGUUUUACUCAGGUGUUGUGGCUGGCGCUAGAGAAGCAUUAAUUUGUGGUGUACCAUCUUUGUCAAUAUCAAUGAACUGGAAGAGGGAAGAAAGCCAAGAAAGUGAUUUUAAGGAUGCAGUUGGUGUAUGUUUACCUUUAAUUAAUGCAGCCAUCAGAGAUAUUGAAAAGGGUGUUUUCCCUAAAAGUUGCCUUCUAAGUAUAGAAAUUCCUACUUCUCCUUCAGCAAACAAGGGUUUUAAAUUGACCAAGCAAAGUUUUUGGAGAUCUGCUCCAAGUUGGCAAGCUGUUUCAGCUAAUCGGCAUCCUUCUGCUGCACAUUUCAUGUCUAAUCAACAAAGCCUUGGUAUCCAACUUGCACAGCUUAGCCGAGAUGCAUCCGCUGCUGGUGCUGCUCGCCGCCUGACCACACGAAGGAAGAACGUGGAGAUAGAAUCUGUUGGGGCUGCUAAAUCUGAUACCAAUAAAGUGAAAAAGUACUUCCGAUUGGAGUUUGUAGAUAGAGAACAGGAAGAUACAGAUGAGGAUUUGGAUUUCAGGGCACUUGAUAAUGGAUUUGUUGCAGUAACUCCUCUAUCACUUUCUCCACAAAUUGAGUCAGACAUUCAAACGGCUGCAUCAGAUUGGAUCUCCAGUGCGCUUCAUGGGGAGCAAUAGAACCUUGGGUACCAUCAUAAAAUCUUCAUCAGUCAUUUGUAUAAAGCUGCAGGAGCGAUUUACAUCUAGUCAUCAAUUGAUAUCUGUUUUGUUAUUAUAUUUCUUUCUUCCCUCCUCUUUAUGUAUUUCCCUUGCCAUUUUUUAUAAAGGGGUUCUAAACACCAUCAGGUUUGGGGUUGUCUUGGUUUCUUCUAGGUCUUGAUACAAGGAAAUAGCCUUGGUCUAAAUGAUAUGACCAAGUGCUCUCCCCAGAUUAUUGUUGUUGUUUCUUUUUUCCUGACCACUUUUUUGUUUUUUUGUUCUUUGGAUUUGUUUGUAAUUUCUUCUUUGUGUUCUUAGAUGGUGUUCAUGAUUAUUAAUCAAUUUUUUCAAUUUACCUUUGUGGUUGA